UGUCAAUCAACCGGAGCCGUGAUAUGGAUGACGCGCGGUGACGUCACGCUUAGAGCCGGGGCGAAGGUGGACGGACAGAAUGGCGACCCAGUGCCGGAGCUCCAGAUGCACGGCCGAAAGAAAAGGAUUCCGGCGGGAACUCGACUCAUGGCGACACAAACUCAUCCACUGUGUCGGGUUUGAAAGUAUACUGGAGGGAAUAUAUGGUCCAAGGCUGCUGCAAGAUCUCAGUAUAUUUGAUGAGUGUGAACCAGAGGCUGUGGAUGAUUGGUCCAUGAAUGCAAACUGCUCUUUUUGCAACCUUCAGCUAGAGAAAUUGAAUGACCAGCCUGCUGUGGCCGUGCCUGGCUCGCCACCACCUGCUGAAACACCCCCACCUCAGGGCCUGUCCACCUCUGAAAAACCCCAGUGCCAAGCAGACCAAUUCCUCAAUGCUAUAUUUCGUAAGAAGGAAUUCCCUCAGAGCUGCGAUUCCAGCGUACCGUUGGUGGCACAGGAGUUGAUGCGCAAGAUGAUUCGGAGGUUUGCCUUAGAGUAUGCAUGUAAAAGCCAGGCUCACGAGGGUCUGAAUGUCCUUAGCGAAACCUCCGAGCUUCUCCCCAAUCAGCCGGAUCGUGAUGGGCCUCUGGACCUCACCAUUAGCCGAGCUUCUCAGGCCCUGCAAGUUGAUGGAGUACUUGACCUCUCAAAGAAAAACACAUCAGCAGAAAAUGAAACUACUCAAAGAAUGUUUUCAGGGAGACCAAUCAGAGAGGACUUUUUGGAUCGCAGCUCUGAGUUUGCAGAAGGUUUGCUCUCUAAAGCCUUGAAAGAUAUUCAGUCUGGAUCACUGGAUAUUCACAAAGCAGCCAUACUAUACGGGAUACCUCAGAAAACCUUACAGUUUCAGACAGAGGCAUUAUUGCCAGAGUGGAAGGCAGGGGAACCAUCGAUUUUUGGUGACAGUGGCAAGGGCACAGAGGCAGUGUCCCCAACCAAUGACACUCGACUAGUCCUGCAGAAGGUAGCAGCAUGGGCUCACUCACAGUCAAAGCAGUCUGAAGUAAGAAAAUGUAAAUUUACAUCACCAGAGCACACCGAGCUAAAGUUCCCGGCAGCCGUGACUGCCUCGUCAUACCUUCACCACUUAACCUUGCAGAGGAUCGUCUCGCAGCUACGGGAGCAGAACGACGGGACUGAGACUGCAACAUCUCCUCAGAGUCUUGCUGCUGGGCCAGCUGUGCACAUCCGAGUCCCUCAGGUAUGCUUCAGUGCUCAGCCCAAAGCCCAGCUGGAUCUGGCUGGCCUGGUGGAUGCUGUAUACCAAGCCAACAAAGCCUCUGAUGGGUCCACUGCUUUCCACAAGUUGAAGACCAUUCUCCCUAAACAGGGCUUGAUGGAAAGCCACUCUGGCCUCGAGUCACAUCUACUCCAGGGUGACCUGCCUCCACUGUGUCUGAUCAUGAAGAACGGGAGCAUUGGCGGGAGCGUCACUGGAAGUGUGGUUGACAGCGGAGAUGAUGACCGCCGAGACAAGCAGCCACGGAAAAAGCGGGGCCGUUAUCGGCAAUAUGACUACGAUAUCCUGGAGGAGGCCAUAGCCAUGGUGAUUAGUGGGAAGAUGAGCGUGUCGAAAGCUCAGGGCAUUUAUGGGGUGCCACACAGCACCUUGGAGUACAAAGUCAAAGAGCGAACGGGCACACUCAAGACCCCACCAAAAAAGAAGCUCCGUCUUGUUGAAGCAGCAACCUCAGGCUCAGGAAAGUCAGGGACAACAACCAAUGCCUCAUCUACUGCCUACAAACAGUCUUAACUCAAAACCAAAACCUCAACUAUUUCAUAGAAAUGGUUUCAACUAAACAUUGCCUAAACUACAGCCAACAAGGAUUAAAAAACAUGCAGUCAGGACCUCAUUUAGACUUCGAAGAUACACUUGAACAGGUUUAAUGGUACAUUUUAUCAAGCUACAAAACAUGCCUUUAAAAAAAAUCUAUUCAGGUGUUUCACUGUGGGUAUCUAUAUGAAUAUAUUUAAAAUAUUGUAAAGCACUGUUGAUUUUUAAGUUAAUUACUCUUUUAAAUCUAAGAAAUAUAAUAUUCAGGUUUUGUUCAUACAUAAGCUAAUCUCAGCUUGACGAUUGUUUUAUGCAGCUUUCACACUAAUUAGUCUAUGUAGUGACUGGUCAUUUCAUUUGAAGUCUAUCAACAUUAUUUUUAUGGUGUCUGUGUGACAGCCUAGUGAUAGAAUGACUGUAACAUCUCUUUAACUCACCAGUGGGAGAUCUUAAUAUGCAAUGGGUAGAUAUACACUCACCUAAAGGAUAAUGAGGAACACUAUACUAAUACUGCAUUUGACCCCCUUUCGCCUUCAGAACUGCCUUAACUCUACAUGGCAUGGAUUCAACAAGAAAUGCUGGCCCAUAUUAAUAGGAUAACAUCUUGCAGUUGAUGGAGAUUUGUGGGAUGCACAUCCAGGGCACGAAGCUCCCAUUCCACCACAUCCCAAAGAUGCUCUAUUGGGUUGAGAUCUGGUGACUGUGAGGGGCCAUUUUAGUCCAGUGAACUCAUUGUCAUGUUCAAGAAACCAAUUUGAAAUGAUUUGAGCUUUGUGACAUGGUGCAUUAUCCUGCUGGAAGUAGCCAUCAGAAGAUGGGUACAUGGUGGUCAUAAAGGGACGGACAUGGUCAGAAACGAUGCUCAGGUAGGCCGUGGCAUUUAAACGAUGCCCAAUUGGCACUAAGAGGCCUAAAGUGAACAUCAAGAAAACAUCCCCCACACCAUUACACCACCACCACCAGCCUGCACAGUGGUAACAAGGCAUGAUGCAUCCAUGUUCUCAUUCUGUUUACGUCAAAUUCUGAUUCUACCAUCUAAAUGUCUCAACAGAAAUUGAGACUCAUCAGACCAGGCAACAUUUUCCAGUCUUCAACUGUCCAAUUUUGGUGAGCUUGUGCAAAUUGUAGCCUCUUUUUCCUGUUUGUAGUGGAGAUGAGUGGUACCCAGUGGGGUCUUCUGCUGUUGUGUGUGUUGUGGCUUCACAGAUGAUUUGCUGCAUACCUCGGUUGUAACGAGUGGUUAAUUUAGUCAAAGUUGCUCUUCUAUCAGCUUGAAUCAGUCGGCCCAUUCUCCUGUGACCCCUAGAAUCAACAAGGCAUUUUUGCCCACAGGACUGCUGCAUACUGGAUGUUUUUCCCUUUUCACACCAUUCUUUGUAAACCCUAGAAAUGGUUGUGCGUGAAAAUCCUAGUAACUGAGAAGAUUGUGAAAUACUCAGACCGAUCCGUCUGGCACCAACAACCAUGCCACGCUCAAAAUUGCUUAAAUCACCUUUCUUUCCCAUUCUGACAUUCAGUUUGGAGUUCAGGAGAUUGUCUUGACCAGGACCACACCUCUAAAUGCAUUGAAGCAACUGCUAUGUGAUUGGUUGAUUAGUUGCAUUAAUGAGAAAUUGAACAAGUGUUCCUAAUAAUCCUUUAGGUGAGUGUAGGUAAGAGUUUACACUCGAGCAAAGAAAAAUGUCUUUAUUAAAUGCAUUUUCACCUCAAUUUUAGCUGGCUCAACAUCAUGAUGUCUGUCAGCCAUUGGCGAUGGACAAUGUCAUCUUCUAUCGGCCCAAUCCUAACUGAAAUCCUCACUCAAUAUUCUCUUUUCAGAAUUGAAUUUCUUCUUUAUAAUGUUGUGUUGUUCCACAAACUAAAGACAUCCUUGCAUUAUCUGCCUGCUGAAACCAAAAACAGUUCAGGGUAAUUUUGCCUCUCCACUUAGACACUCCAUGAAUGAAGCAGUUCAGAGUAGAGUGCUGCCGAACUUGGAUCAAAAUUUCUCCUUGUCCAUAUUUCAUAAUGCACAUACCAUGGGACUGAAAUGCAAAGCCUUAUUCAAGUGCUGCUCUGAAUUGCUUUGUUUUUAUGACAAGGCUUCUAUAGUUUUGCUGCUCUUGGUUGUUGUUUUGUUCAUGCUACUGAUUACUAUGAUGUUCUAUGGCCUAUUAUACAACAGUUUCAUUUCAUUAUACUGGUAAUUCAACUAUAUUUAUAGUAUGGACUUUUUUCUUACUGUAUUUAGAAGCUUGUAUAUAAUAUAUAGUUGCACUUUACAAAAGUUGCACACAUACUUGUGAUACAGGUUCUUGUUUCGUUCUUGCUAUGAAAAAUAUUGCCAUAAACUGAUUUUUAAUGGCAUCUUUUUUCACUUAUCUUAUUCACAAGUAUAAUUGUAGUGCUUUGCAAAGUGUAGCUGAAAUGUUAAUUUUUAGCUUUGGAAACAUAAACAUUUCGAUAUACAAUGUUAAUGUUUAUCUUUGUGUUGUGAAUGUUCUGUAAAUUAUUUACCUUUUGUUGUUCCUUAAAGUUAAAGUCCCCUUAUCCUUAAAGAAAGAACAGAUUUACUGAUAUAUUCUUAAAUUUAAUUUGGAAACAUUGAUCAAGCCACCCCGAAUGUUCUUCACUGCUCUUAACAACAGUGCCUGUUACAGCUACUGCUCAGUUAUUUUGCAAGCCAGUAGCAGUUUUACAUAAAUCUUUGGAGAGAAAAAAAAAGUAUUUCUAUACUACUUCGGAUUGUAUAUAAUCUGUAUUGUGGAUUUAUAUACUGUUACCACAAUUAACAAUGUAAAAAAAAAAAGGGGGGGGGGUAUAGAUGUCACAGGCACAUUUUCACUUUUAAUGUAAAGGGUGGUCAUGUAAGAGUUAAUGUCAUGCAGAUUUUUUUUAAUCACGUUUAUUGUCAGUGCUGCAUUCUCCUUUUCAUUUGGUUUGGGGAAUGCAGAACUCUGUUAUUUCUCUUUUGUGUUCUAAUAAUUCUUAAUAUUGUGUCCUGUAUAAUUUCAAUCCAAAAGCAUUACUAUUCUCAGGGUAACAACAGUCCUAUUGAAACAUAGCGCAUGAUAGUGUUAGAACUGCUCUUUUAUUUCAAAAUAAGGGCCCUUAGGUUUCUUUUAUAGAGCCAAAUAUGGUUCAUCCAAAGCCAAUUUAUUUGUUUUCUCACAUAUUAUUGGGAAAGUUUAUAUUCGGGAGGGGUUACAGAUCACAAAGGCAUAAUAAAAAUUAUUUAAAUUGGGUUUAACAUUUUCCCCCCUCAAAAAAGUUUGUCUUGAUUUAUAGAUGGAUAAUUAAAUAGAUCAGUAUCACCAAUUUAGGCCUUUCCAAGUAUGUUUAAUUUCAUAUUCAUAAUGGAUGCAGGAUAUUAAUCAUUUUGCAAUCAGUUAUUUAUGCAUAUUUGUUGCACUAUGAUUGAUUUUGCAUUAUUCCCUCUAAUAUCUAAUUGUAUGUGUGUUGUGUUAUUUUUUUUUUCGAUGUAAUCAGAAUAGGAAGUUUAAAUGUUGUGUUGGUUUUGUGUUAAAGCACUUUUUUUUUGCUCUUGCACAUUGAUAUGUGAAAUUCUUUACUGCACUAAAACUAAAAGCUAAUUGGUCAUUUAAGCACGUUUUUGUGUCUUAAACAUAUUUGGUGUCGUCUCAUUUGUAACAUUUCAGGAUUAGGGUAAGGUUAAUCAAAGCGAGAAUUAAAUUAAUUGUAAUAAGAUAGAAAUACUGAAGGCAUAUUACUCCAGUGUGUUUUUAUAUCCUAAAAUUGCAGUUUUUUUUUUUUUACGUUUCCCUCCAUCCCUUAACAAACCUGCAUUACCCCUUGGGGUAGUUUUAUUUUAAUUUCAAAGAGACAACAUAUUGCCUGCAAAUUUUGUUGGUUUGUAAUUGGUUUUAUCAAGAGACACAUUGAUUCAUCAGGAAACAAAUUUAUUCAAGUUUGAUUUAAAAUAAUUAAAUAUUCUCUAUAGUUUUCCUGAGUGUAAGCAUUGCUACAAUCGCCAUCCUUUUGCCUUCAAGUUACCAAUAAAAAAAUGUUCCAUGUA